GCUGGUUUGAGUGAAAGUAAAAGUCUGUUUUGCAGUGAACAGACUGUAAAAGUCUUCAGGAGAAAAACGCAGAGACAUAACCUCCAAAAUGAGUGUUUCUGGGGAACGGGACACAAAGAAAGAUGAGAGAAUGAUGGAGGGAAAGAGAUCAGACUCACCAGAACCCAGCUGUGUGUCCAUGAAGAGUGACCAGUCAAUGGAAGCCCCUCUUGUUUUCAGAGACAGAGAGAGUCCUGCUGAUCUGAGACCACUAAAUUACAAAUCAAACAUCAGCAGAAAUCAGCUGGAGUCCAUAUUCAAGGAGCUGGAACACAAAUUCAUCACUGUGAUCCAGAAGGAGCUGAAGAGGUUUAGAAAGCUCCUGAGUCCAGAUUCCCCAGCAUGCUCUGAGAGAGAGGUGGAGGAGGAGGAUCAGAGCAGUGUCAGAGAGGGAGUGCUGAAGAUCACACUGCACUUCCUGAAGAACAUGAACCACACAGAUCUCGCUCACACACUGCACAACAAACUCGUCUCUGUGUAUCAGCAAAAGCUGAAAUCCAAAUUGAGAGAGAAGUUUAAAAUAAUUAAUGAAGGAAUCUCACAGCAUGGAAGCUCAGCACUUCUGGAUGAGAUCUACACAGAGCUCUACAUCACAGAGGGUUGGAAUGGAGAAGUCAAUAAAGAACAUGAGGUGAGACAGAUUGAGGCAGCGUUCAGGAGACUAGCUAUACAGGAGACACCCAUCAAAUGUAAUGAUCUCUUUAAAGACACGUCCAUCAGAAGUGUGCUGACUAAAGGAGUUGCUGGAAUUGGAAAAACAGUCUCUGUGCAGAAGUUCAUUCUGGACUGGACGGAAGGAAAAGCAAAUCAGGACAUCAUGUUCAUGUUCCCACUUCCCUUUAGAGAGCUGAAUCUAAUGAAGCAGAAAAAUCUCAGUCUGAUGAAUCUUCUUCAUCACUUUUUCCCAGAAAUGAAAGAAUUACAAUUAAUAGACUGUGAUAUGAAUAAAGUCCUGUUGAUCUUUGAUGGUCUGGAUGAGUGUCGACUUCCUCUAAAUUUCCAGAACAAUGAGAGAUUGUGUGAUGUUACAGAGUCAGCCUCAGUGGAUGUGCUGCUGACAAACCUCAUCAAGGGGAAUCUGCUUCCCUCUGCUCUCCUCUGGAUAACCUCUCAACCAGGAGCAGCCAAUCAGAUCCCUCCUGAGUGUGUAGACCAGGUAACAGAGGUACGAGGGUUCAGUGACCCUCAGAAAGAGGAGUACUUCAGGAAGAGGAUGAGUGAUCAGAGCCUGGCCAAUAAAAUCAUCACACACAUGAAGUCUUCAAGAAGCCUCUACAUCAUGUGCCACAUCCCAGUCUUCUGCUGGAUCUCAGCCACUGUUCUCGAGAGAAUGUUGGGUGAAGCAGAGAGUGGAGAGAUCCCCAAGACUCUGACUCAAAUGUUCACACACUUCCUGAUCUUUCAGAUCAAACACAAGCACCAAAAGUACCAUCAGAAAUGUGAGCCUGAUCCUCAGCAGACCAGAGAGAGUAUCCUGGCACUGGGAAAACUGGCUUUCCAACAGCUGGAGAAGGGAAACCUGAUCUUUUAUGAGGAAGACCUGAGAGAGUGUGGCAUUGAUGUGAGAGAAGUGUCUGUGUACUCAGGAGUGUGUACCCAAAUAUUCAGAGAGGAGUUUGGGCUUCACCUGGGGAAGGUGUUCAGCUUUGUACAUCUGAGUGUUCAGGAGUUUCUGGCUGCUUUAUACACAUUUUUGUCCUUCAUCAUCAGAAAUGUAACAGAACAACAAACCACUGAUCUGUCUGAUCUUUUCACCAAGUCAACCAUGUCUGAUUUCCUCAGGAGUGCAGUGGACAAGGCCUUACAGAGUGAGAAUGGACAUCUGGACCUGUUCCUCCGCUUCCUUCUGGGUCUCUCAUUAGAGUCCAAUCAAACUCUCUUACGAGACCUACUGCCCCAGACAGGAAGCACCUCUCACAGCAAACAGGAAACAGUCGAGUACAUUAAGGAGAAGAUCAGGGAGACUCCAUCUCCAGAGAAAUCCAUCAAUCUGUUCCACUGUCUGAAUGAACUGAAUGAUCAUUCUCUAGUGCAGGAAGUACAACGUUACCUGAACAGUGGAGAUUCCAGUUGUCUCAGUGGAGUCAGACUCUCUCCUGCUCAGUGGUCAGCUCUGGUGUUUGUGUUACUGAACUCAGAACAGGAGCUGGAUGAGUUUAAUUUGAGUAAAUAUGACCCAUCAGAGGAAUGUCUUCUGAAGCUGCUGCCAGUGGUCAAAGCCUCCAGAAAAGCUGUUCUGUGUGGGUGUAAUCUGACAGAGGAAAGCUGUAGAGUUCUGCCCUCAGUUCUCAGCUCAAACUCCUCCAGUCUGAGAGAACUGAACCUGAGUUACAAUAACCUGCAGGAUUCAGGAGUGAAGCUGCUCUCUGCUGGACUGGAGAAUCCACACUGUACACUGGAGACACUGAGUCUUGUUCAGUACAUGCAAGCACAAUCAUGGGGAAGACUGCUGACUUGACAGUUGUCUAAAAGACUAUCAUCGACACCCUCCACAAGGAGGGUAAGCCACAGGAGGUCAUUGCUGAAAAGCCUGGCUGGAAAAGGUGCACAAGCGACAGUGAUGACCGCAGCCUUGAGAGGAUCGUCAAGAAAAGUCAAUUCAAGAACUUGGGAGAGCUUCACAAGGAGUGGACUGAGGCUGGUGUCAGUGCAUCAAGAGCCACUAUACCCAGAUGUCUUCAGGAAAGGAGCUACAACUGUCACAUUCCUAAUAUCAAGCCAUUCCUGAACCAAAGACAACAUCAGAAGUGUCUUACCUUGGCUAAGGAGAGAAAGAACUGGACUGUUGCUCAGUAGUCCAAAGUCAGUCCUCUUUUCAGAUGAAAAUAAAUUUUGUAUUUUGUUUAGAAAUCAAGGUCCUUGAGUCUGGAGCAAGAGUGAAGAGGCACAGAAUCCAAGGUGUUCAAAGUCCAGUGUGAAGUUUCCACAGUCUGUGAUGAUUUGGGGUGCCAUGUCAUUUGCUGGUGUUGGUCUCCUGUGUUUUAUCAAGUCCAAAGUCAAUGCAGCCAUCUACCAGGAGAUUGUAGAGCACUUCAUGCUUCCAUCUGCUGACAAGCUUUAUGGAGAUGCUAAUUUCCUUUUCUAGCAGGACUUAGCACCUGCCCACAGUGCCAAAACUACUACCAAAUAGUUUGCUGACCAUGAUAUUACUGUACUUGAUUGGCCAGCCAAUCCUAGACAGAAUCUAUGGGGUAUUGUCAAGAGGAAGUUGAGAAACACCUGACUCAAAAAUACAGAUGAGCUGAAGGCCACUAUCAAAGCAACCUAGACUUCAAUAACAUCUCAGCAGUGCCACAGGCUGAUCACCUCCAUGC